UGGUUAGUCCUCGAAUAAAAUAAUUUCGGUUUAAGAUUUGUUACGGCUCCUCCGUCAAUGUAUCGUCGUUGAUCCCAAAUUUCUUCUGAACAAUUUCGAUUUUGAAUUCGCGCUGAGUGAUGAACGGCGCUUCUCCGGCUCAUUCAUUGGUUUCGACGACCGCCGUAGCUGGUGGAGGUGGAAGCAGUGGCGCCGCCGCUGGUCUAGACGAUUUCCAUUUUCCACCGGAUAUUCCCUCAAUGCAAGAGCGAAAAGACGAAGCUAUGCGUGUUUUGAAAGCUGAUUUGAUGACUGAACUUGACAAAGAGGUUAAGUCUUUGGAAGAAGAUAGUUGGAUGUUCGAAGGUCCUCGUUCUCGAAUCCAUCUUAUAUCCAGAAGAGGUAAUUUUCUAAAGAAAGGAGGUGAAGUGAAGCUAUGGUGAAAUUAAGCUUUGUUCAGCUUCCUAGAUGAUCGGAUUCAUUCAAGUAAGAAAUAUCAGAAAUGGUCGUAUACGCUUUGUUUCGUGUUCUUCACAAAUGUCACUAAAACGUUAACUUUAUAUUUUCCCAUUGUAAGGGACAAAAUAGUAUUUCUAUGGUGUUAAUAUACAAGUGAGGAAAUCAUUAUUCGGCUAAUGAGUCUAUUACUCGAAAAUGAAAUUUCAAUAUUCUCAAGAAUAUAGAUAAUCAACUUUCAUCAAAGACAAUUUUUAAGUUUGAAUAAUUAAUUUAAAAUCC